GUCUUCUACGUCACCGUUGUGGUCUUUGCCGUCCUCCGAGUUAUAAGUGCUGUGUUCCUCAAAGAUACGUUGGAUGCUGCGCAGAGUGAUGCGGAGCAGAUGGUCGUUGAGAGGAUGAAGCUGAAGGCCGACUUUGCCGCAAAGCUUGAAGGAAUCUUCAACGCCAUCGAUAACACUGGGAACGGUAUGAUCACGGAAGACCGCUUGGCUGUGAUCCUGGAGAAUCCAAAGGUGAAGGCAUACUUCCAACUCAUGGACUUGGAC